CCGUCCUGGCCGGUGCCCGUGUGCCGCCGUGCCACCGUCGUCGUCGCCGCCAGCAUCGGCAAACAGGUUUUCUCGUGCGGUCUCCUUGUUUUUUUUUUUUUAUUUUCCCCAUCGGCGCGCCGACGACCAGUAAUCUCGAGACCUGCAGUGCGCGCUCCGCGGUGGUGUAACGACCGAGUGUAAAAGUUCCGUACGUACGCGUCGGUGCCGCGAGUACAUUGCACACGCCUACCGAGCGAGUGCGCCGGAAAACCGUUGAUUUUUUUUUUUUGAUUUUUAAAUUCCUUCCAGUACAGUUUUUUUUUUUUUUUUUGUUUUUGUCUCCUCCUCUAUCUUGUACACGCACACGCGUGCACGUGCACGGUACGUUGUUUUCGAAACGAAGUUUUUCGGUGUUCGCGAUGUGAACCGUACGGAUAUUGCUCGGCGGCAAGGAGAUCGCGAGGAUUCAUCGAGCCCGGGCACCACGUAGCCGCCGUACCCGUGUGCACAUCCUGACGACGCUGCAGUGCACGUGGUGGCAUGGAGGCGGCCGACAUCUUACCCGUGCUCCAAGAGCGCGUUGCCACCGUGCCCGGAGGCCGAGAUCUGGACGGAAGGCCGUUGAUUGUCGUUGUCGUGCAGCCGUGGAUCAACGGGCAUCUGGAUACGGCGCUCAGAUACUAUUUGUCUCUAUUCAGUCCAGAAACAAGACAGUCUGGCCUGUGCGUUGUGCUGGACGCUCAACGGAGUACAUGGAAGACGACCAAGAGUGUGAUGCAUAAAGUGUUCGAAAUAUUGGACGUUAACAUCGGUACGAUGUUGAUCGUCAGACUAGACGUGUUUUGGGACAAACAGCGAGUAGAGAACUGUACGAAAUCCAGGACCGAAGGAGAGCCCAUUUUUGUGCCAUUAUCGAGGAUUCACAAGUACGUGGCACAUGAUCAAUUACCCGUAGAUCUAGGUGGUUCUUGGACUUACAGCCAUGAACAGUGGAUACACAAUCGCGUAAGAGUCGAAGAGUUUAUCAAGAGUUCGGAAAACGCCGUAUCUGACAUGGAAAAAUUGCGACAACACCUGAUCAAUAACCAGGAUUUGCUCAAACACAGUACGGCCGAUAUCGUAUUGACUGUGUCCGGUGAGAAGUUUAAUAUAGUCAUCGAGCACGUGAAAAAAGUUUCUCAAACCGGUCAGAUGGUGUGCCAACGAAUUGAUAAAAUAUACGCAGACCAAGGACAGCUGUUCCCACAGGAUGUAUUGGAUACCAAAGAAACGCUCGACCGAUACAUGAGAAUUCUCCACGACAAAAUGAUGAUCGUCGUCGACUGUUGGAACGGCGUGCAAAAAAAAGUCGACUGCAUUAAGGAAAUGCGAUACUUGGAACAAGGCAUCAAACACGUUGUUAAUUGGAUUCUAGGACCUGGUGAGGAAAUGUUGAACGGCAAACAACAAGUCGGUUACGAUAUUGUAUCAGCAGAAGAGUACAAAAGAAAUCACGAAGCGUUCGAACUCCAAUGUCGUGACACGUAUGGUCAUUAUGCCGAACUAUUGCACAAGAUCAACAGUCUCUCGACUACGAACUCGCAGUGCUACAAAGACCUAUUGGCGCAGCGGGAUUUCAUGGAUUUCGUGUGCCGCAGUUUUGCCACCCGAUUAGAGAGGAGGAGGAAUCUACUGAUCACGUCUGCUCGUUUCUUCCGGUUGGUCGCAGAGUAUUUCCAGACUACGAGUGACGUUUACGAGACUUUGGUGAUGGGCACGGACAUCGAAGCUUUGGAGUCACCAGACCACACUCUAGUACAGUUGAGAGAACAGCAAGAAAAUAUCGAACAAAUCGAAAGAGAUCUGGUGAAAGAAGGUGAAAAAUUGUCCGACAUGUUAUCGAUGCCGGUCAAGAAUGCCAUGGGUGUUGCUUUAAAUGUCGAUUACGAAGCAGACAUAGUGAACGUGUCUGAAAUAUUAGAAAUGACUAAGGCUAGGUGUCAACUGUUUUGUGAUAGUGUUGAAUUACAGAGGUUGACAUUACAACAGGUUUCGUAUGUACUUAACUACGAAACGGAUGCUUCACAAGCGAUUCAGUGGUUAGAAGACUUGUAUCACGUUCUGCUCAAAUCUCAUUAUCAUGUGGGAUCCGACGCUGAAGAAAUACAAGCUCAAAAAGAAGAACACCAGGCAUUCCAAGAAACCGCAAAGGGUACGUACGAUUACGGUUGUCAGUUGCUGAACGCUGCGUUAGCCCUGCGGCAGUCUUGUAAACUGACCGAGACGAGAAACGCCACACUAGCCAACAGCCUGUGGCAGUCCUGGAAACAACUCGACGACAUCAGCCAAGAACAGUUGACGCGGUUGCGAGUGUCCGCCGUGUACCACAGGAACGUCGACAAGUACUGCGGACAACUCAGAGAGCUAAUGGAAACCGUGCAGACCAUUCAGGAUGAGAACAACAACAACACGAGUAAACACAAAGGUCGACUGCGCAAAUGUCUCGUGUCGCGCGAGAAAAUCCUGUUGGAGGUCGGCCGCACUGUCCGCCUAGGGCGCAUGCUCAAAACCAGACUCCGCGAACCUCUUUGCGUUCAACACAAGAACGAAGAUUUGCGGUAUCUCAACGAGAGCGCGGUGGACUCGGUUUGCCAGAAAUUGGCUGUGGUCACCGAACUAGCAGAACAAUUGGAUUUCACCCUGUCCGGGUUGGCCCAAAGUACCGUUACUCACGUGCUAGACGAUUCCAACGGAAACGUCACCCAGGAGUGGUACGUCAACUUGAACAAACCGAACGACUGCAGCAAGGAAGAGCUGCCGUCUGAGACGAAAACUAUUGAAAACAACUGCAACGACAACAGCAACAUCAUCAACAACAGCAGCAGCAGUAGUAGCAGCAACAAUAACAACAACAGUAGCAGCCGAUCGGAUGCCGAGGAGUUUGUUACAGCUUCCGAUUGUACCGGCACGCCGCCGUCCAGAUCGUCUUCGUAUCACACGCCAUCCGAUGGCGAGGCGACUUCCAACUCGCCGUGGUGGGAACUGGACACCAUUAUUGACGCGGACACCACGAUGGACAGCUCGAAGUGCUUGCAGCUCACCGAUGAAUCUCAACAGGACAUCGAUGUGAAGAUCGGGAAAGUUGACGAUGAAUCGGCAAAUACGAGUGGAUCGCAGAAGUCUGCGGAAGACACGACUGGAGAAGAUGAAAGCGGCUGUUCUCUUACGAUCGCGAAUGGAGAAGAGGUUGGUAGUGACGCGAAAGAAGAAAUCAUCAUGUUGUCGCAGAAUUCCGAGUACGAGCCCGAAACUAAUAACAACGAUUGUACAUUUAAUUACAAGCAGAGUUUGACGAAACAGGCUUUGGCCGGAGUCUUCUAGCCGGUGAAUCUCACGAUUUGUUUUUAGUUUGUAUAAUAUUAUGUUCUAAUUUUAUAUUAUGACGCACCAACAAGACUGGUACGAGACAAUAACGUCUUAUUUUUAAUUAUGUUUAAGAUGCAAUUAUUAUUAUUUGUUAUAAAAUUCAACGAAUCAUGUUUAUAUAAAAUAUAUCGUCACAUUGUAAUAGUCAAACAUUUGUCCGAUUACUUAAUUUU